CCCCGGCCCCGCUCUGACAGAGCCGCAGCGCUGCGCCCCCUCCCCGCGCCGCUCCCGCCCGCGGACACGCACCCCCGGCUCUCCCAGCUAUAUCCUAGACAGGCUUCAGCUUCUUGCAGCUCCUGGUGCUUGCCACACUGCAGAAGGGAACAUUGCAGCUGCUGAGUGCUUCCAGGGUCCCUGGCUCUUGGAGAUUGGGGCUUUUGAGCAGAUUUCUUAGCGAAGAUGAAUUUAGCAGAGAUUUGUGAUAAUGCCAAAAAAGGAAGAGAAUAUGCACUCCUUGGGAAUUAUGACUCUUCUAUGGUGUAUUACCAGGGUGUCAUCCAGCAAAUCCAGAGACAUUGCCAGUCAAUCAGAGAUCCAGCAAUUAAGGGCAAAUGGCAACAGGUCCGACAAGAAUUAGUUGAAGAAUAUGAACAAGUUAAGAGCAUUGUCAACACUCUAGAGAGUUUUAAAAUGGACAGACCUCCAGAUAUCUCUGUAUCCUGUCAAGAUGAGCCUUUCAGAGAUCCAGCUGUUUGGCCUCCUCCUGUUCCAGCUGAACACAGGGCUCCACCUCAGAUAAAACGUCCCAACCGAGAUGGCAAAUCUUUGAAGAAAGACUCCCCAGGGCUGCAGCCGCGCGGGCCCGCGGGCAGAGCACACCUGGUGUCCAAGGGGGAGAAAUCCUCCGGCAGCCGCGAAAGGGAAUCCAGAGCCAGGGCAAGGGAUGACAAGGGAAAGAAAAUACCCCAGGAAUUUGGUGAUGGGGAUAUUCCAAAAUUUGAUGGAGCAGGUUACGACAAAGACCUGAUCGAAGCUCUUGAAAGAGACAUUGUGUCAAGGAAUCCAAGCAUUCAUUGGGAUGACAUAGCAGAUUUGGAAGAAGCCAAGAAAUUAUUAAGAGAAGCUGUUGUUCUUCCAAUGUGGAUGCCUGAUUUUUUCAAAGGGAUCAGAAGACCUUGGAAGGGUGUGCUGAUGGUUGGUCCUCCUGGCACUGGCAAAACAAUGCUAGCAAAAGCUGUUGCUACAGAGUGUGGGACAACAUUCUUCAACGUGUCCUCCUCUACACUGACGUCUAAGUACAGAGGCGAGUCUGAGAAGCUGGUCCGCCUCUUGUUUGAAAUGGCACGGUUUUAUGCGCCAACAACGAUCUUCAUUGACGAGAUAGAUUCCAUCUGCAGCCGCAGAGGCACGUCUGACGAGCACGAGGCCAGUCGCAGAGUCAAGUCAGAGCUGCUUGUGCAAAUGGAUGGGGUAGGUGGUGCUCUGGAAAACGAUGACCCUUCCAAGAUGGUUAUGGUAUUAUCUGCUACAAAUUUUCCCUGGGACAUUGACGAAGCUCUCCGACGAAGACUGGAGAAGAGGAUUUAUAUACCUUUGCCCACAGCAAAGGGCAGAGCAGAACUACUGAAGAUUAAUCUUCGGGAAGUAGAACUAGAUCCUGAUAUCAGCCUUGAAGAAAUUGCAGAGAAGAUUGAAGGCUAUUCUGGUGCUGACAUCACUAAUGUUUGCAGGGAUGCAUCUUUAAUGGCAAUGAGAAGACGUAUUAAUGGCUUAACUCCAGAAGAGAUUCGUGCACUUUCUAAAGAAGAGCUUCAGAUGCCAGUUACCAAGGGGGACUUUGAGCUGGCUCUGAAGAAAAUCUCCAAAUCUGUUUCUGCUGCAGACCUGGAGAAGUAUGAAAAAUGGAUGGCGGAGUUUGGAUCUGCUUAAUCUCAGUGACAGCUUUCCUUUGCUGGAGUUUUAUGGUUUUUGUUGUUCUCACUUUCAAAAUAAGUUAGAAAUCUUUUUAAAGGUUUAAUAAAAGGUCUGCCUCUGCCCUCAUCCCACCCCUUUCUGCUGACAGGAUCUUUUAAGCUGUUUGCCUUUAAAGGGAAUGAGCACAAUAAUGAGCUGAUAUUGUAAAAGAUAUUUUAUCUCUGAAGUAGAAAAAUAAGACGAACAGGAAGGGAAAAAUCAUACUUCUGAGGGUAGUCUUUUUAAUUUUCAAAUGAAGAGCAGUGUUACUUAACUCCCUCCUAGUCAUUUUUUUUAUGGCUGGAGUCAAUAAAUCAGCUGGGGGAUGUGACUCCAGAGGAACAGACAAGGGCUUGAUGUACCCCCUGCUCUUAAAUGCUGCUUCUGCCUCCCUUGAAUGUGGCAUCCAAGUUAUUAUUCUUUAUCUCUGUGCUCGGAUAUUCAGAGCAAAGCCUGUGGAUUAAUUGGCAUUGCACAGAGGAAAUGAGGAUCAGUUUUCCAUCAAGACAUGGGCCUGACUCUCCUCUCAUGUACUCUCAUUUGGAAUUGAUGUCACUUCAGACUGUUAUCAGUGUUACCUGCAAUGACUUCUGAUGGGAAUGAGAGGGAAAGCAAAAGGCAUGGAUUGUUGUUAGUCUGGUUUUAGUCUGGUUUAUGCUUGUUCUCUGAACAUAGUUUGAACCUGUUUGACCAGUAGGCACUUUGACUUAGGUUAUAACUUGCACUUUUAUGCUUAUAUAUCAUCUUGUGCUUUGUCUGUGCUAUCUAAAUGUAAUUGUUAUUACUAUUAUUAUUAUUAUUAUUGUUAUUAUUUUAGUACUAAGAGUUUAAUAAAGACACUAAUUUCAAGGCUGUAUUUAAAACACAACGCUGUCUUUAGAACAAAUGGCUGUGAACUUCCACUUCUGAUUAAAUAUGAACUUUUUCCUAGCAUUACUAAGCAAUGGGACUUUUACCUUUUUAUGUUGAACUGUUCAUGCUUAAUUUUGUUUUUUGUGAAGGUUUCUUAAAAAUGUAUAAAUAUUACUGGUUUAGUAAUAUUUAGAAAAUAAUCUGUAUGAUCUCAUUUAUGUUCUUAACUGUUUCUUCCCUUCCCUCAUACAAGUGCAGUGAUGAGAAGUGCUCUAAAGUCUAACGUGAGGAAUCCUCUCUAGAGUAUACCUGUCACACUGACUGUAUGAACUUUUCACAGACUCAGCCUGUGAAGUUUUCUUGUGGUAGGAAUGUGAAGGAGUGGUCAAACCACAGAUUUACAGAGAAACAUGCAAGCUCUCAGGUUUUUGGUGAUGUUGUGAGCUAGGCCUUAAGUAUUUUGGUGGAUGUGAAUUGCCCUGCAGCUUGGUAGGUAUUCCUCCCUUCAGCUCUCUGUGUAGACUCCUAGCAGCACAGACAGAUAUGAUGGAGUAAGAAACACACAGGACCCUUUAUUGAAUGGGAAUGUAUCAUUAUUUGCUCCUUUUUGUUAGUCCUCAGAAGUUCCCAGUAAUGUCAGUAAUUCAGCACACUGGUCUCUUGGGCCAUGACAUGUUAACACUAAGACAAAAAACCUUAAAUCACAUACUUUGUUUGCUCAGGGAAGUGGUAAAAUCACCAUCCAUGGGAGUGUUUAAAAAAUUGUAGAUGUGGCACAUGGGUACAUGUGAACAUUUUGACAUGUCAGUGCUGGGUCAGUGGUCAGAUUGGAUGAUCUGAGAGGUCUUUUCCAACCCUAAUGAUUCUGUAAUUCCUCACAGGGAACAACUGGACCUUUAUAAAGAGAAAGCUCUGAAAGUAUUGCUAUGGACUCUCAUUUUUUCCUUGUGAAGCUGUAGGCAGCCACUGCUGUUCUUUGUUUAUUUGUUUGCAGUAGAAAUUAGUAAAGCUACACAAAUCUUUUGUGGCCAAUACCAGAUUAGCACUAUGGGGUCUCUCACUAAAGAGGCCAUUGCUGCCCAAGGAGCUUAAUCUGCACAACCAAGAUGUAGAAGGGAGUUGACAUGAAUGCCAGUAACAGCCCUACUCAGCUGCCCAAGAGCAGUGCUGGGAUUCAGCAGUUGCUGCUUAGUAGGGUCUGAGUUCCAGUUUGCUCAGUUUCACAUUGCAAUCAGAAGUGACCUUCCUACUGAUCAAAGCACAGCACUUGGUAAAAAUGUCAGUCCUUGGCUCUUUGAUGAACCUUCUACCUUAAGGCAUUAAACUUCCCUCUUGGCUGUUAAGCAAAAUUCACUGUACUGAGCUUUCCCUUUAGUAGGAAUUAUUCAGGUGCUGCAGUCUUUUUCUCUAAAGGUCAUGGUUUCUACCCCAGAAAUGUUUUUACUGUACAGGUCCAUUCAUCCUUUACAGCUGCAGAACAGAAAAGUGAAACUUUUCAGGCAGUAGAUGUUUAUGAUGGUUGUGCCCCAGAAUUACUGACAUGACUUGGCCCUGCUGGAUCAGGCACCCCAGAAGGCUGAGACCAUCCCUCCCUUUCAGGAAGGGGAGCUGUCCUUGUGUGCUGACCCUUUCAUCUUUACCAAGUCAUGCUGGCACACGCACCUAGGUGGGCUUGGAGCUGGGUUGUUCACUCAGGGGAGCCAGCAGUGGAUGCAGCAAGGAGCAGCCCAGGAGGGAAGGGCAGCCAACAGUGGCAGCAGCUCAAGGCCCAAAGGAUGAGCUUACAGCUCAAAGUGAGACCAGUUCACAUCCCAGUGCUGGAAACCCUUGUGUAAGGACACUGGAUUCCUUGGAGAGCAAUGUACCAGCAUGUCACAGCCUGCUGUGACACUGUUCAGUCUAUGCCUGUGUGUGUAUGGAGAUCAUCCACACAUGUGGAGUAUGCACAUACAAUAGGUGGUGCUUCAGUAGUUGUGCCUAGAUUGCAUAAAAAACAUGCCUUAGAGCUGUGUUUAUGUGUUUUCUAAACAUCUGUGGAGGCCCUCUUGGGUGGCACUGUUAGUUUUUGUACAGUAUGUGAUCUGGUUGUAUGAAGUAAUAAAUGUGCGCUAGAGUGUCUUGCUCGAGUGGGGCUGGGAGUGCUUUGCUGCUGACUGCUUCCAAAGGCUGCCAUACAGUGUGGAUCUCUUCAGUAUGUCGUGGUGCCCUUUCACCAAAGUCCUGCAUGGAGAGCAGUUAAAAUCUGGGGAUUUUGGAUAAAGCUGUCAGCAGUGCUUUCUCUCUAAAUUGGCCUUUUGUUGCCACAAGCUAUAAAAUGGAGAAUACUCCAAUGCCCACCACAUGGAAGGGAGGGUAGGGGAGAGCAGAGGCCCCAGCAGAUGUUCAGUGUUAGCACCUGAUUCAGACCUCACAGAGCCAGGCAGCCUUUUUAUUACUUGCCCCUGGGCUGGAAGUAUAAUCAGGCUCCAAAGAAGCUGUAUCAUCAGCUGCCUGCUAACCAGGAGACUUUCAAGAGCAAAACUUCUAUUAGGAAGGAGCUUUCAAACUUGGAAAGAGACCCCAUGUCUCCUGGGACUUAGUUGAUUAUUUGAAUUUUCUCACUAACUUCCUUAUGAAAGAAUGGAGUUUCCAGUGUUUCAUAAUGCUUCAGACAUGAAAGCGAGCAAGGGAAAUGCUGAUCAGGGGAUUUCAGGAGAGGUCAAAUCUUUGCAUAGGAAGUUCAGCUCACCCCAGUUUAAAAGGGACUGAAAUAGCAAAGGUGCACUGACUUGUUCUGAUCAUGGGAAAGAUGAAAGAGCUUGUGUGCUGUAAAGAAGUCCUCCAUCAAAUGAGCAAAGACUUCAUGGUACAAUCCAGGCAUGAGGACGUGGAAGCAGAUGAAGAAAUAGUGAUUUUUUUUUUUUAAUCUGUUAUUGGAAUAAGCCACCCUCAAUCAGAUUUUGAAUUGAGAUGUUUUUUCAGAGCUGUAGUGACAAAUAAAUACGUGAUGAACACGCAGGUGACAGCGUGCUGCAGGGGAGCAGGCAGGGAGCCUGGGAGCUGCACACUGGUGUAAGGUGGGUGUCAGCACCACGGCAGCAGCUGAGCCCCUCUGUGAGGGUGAGCUGUGCACCAGGCAGCACUGUGGUGCAGAGUGGAGCCAAGAUGGACCAGAGUAGCCUCAGUAGUGCUCUGGAAUGAAGCAGACUGCUGGUGCAAAGGCAGGUGCUGGUGCAGUUCAGAGAACGUCUCACCCGGCCAUUUCCCUGUGCAUGGUGAGGAUUUCACUGGAGCACUGUGCAAAAGCUUGGCCAUCACUGUGGGUGCCUCAGUCACCCUGCCCAGAGCCCAGCUGCCACACACAGCACAGCAAGCAGAGCUGCAGCAGCCAGGGGUGCUCCUGCAUCCCACAGCACAGGAAUGUUUGACCCUCUCCGCCUUCUGGGCCUGCCUGGUUUUGUGUGCAGGUUGUGACCCGUUCUUGUCACCCACUCAGUGCAUACAUGGUGGUUCAGUGUCUCUGACAGAGGAGUUUCUUUGUGUGCAGUGCAGAGCUCUCUUUUGAUCAGCUGAAGUGCCAUGCUUCUACCUGUCUGCAUGAAGGUGUCUUGGAAGCAUUCAGGCAAUUUUCCUCUUCUUUAGAAGGCCCCAGCUAGCAUUAAAACCAGAUGGGAUGAAUAUCUUGGCUGGCCUGGUUGCCCAAUGCAAGAAGACUUACCUCAGCUGCAAGAAGGUGCCACAAGGAAAGUUCUGGCUUUGUUAUGAAGUAGCAAAAUCUGGGGAUGUUCCUACUCCUACUGCACAGGCAGAGUUAGGGUUGUAUCAUGUCCAAGCUCUGUUUCCUGGCUUUUGUGUAUUUGUGAUUUCUUUGUUGCAGUAGGAACAUUUUUCUCAGAGUAAGGGGGAAGCCACGGAGUACUUGUUCAGUGUCUGGAUUAGGAUUUUGGAGAUUCCAUGAUCUGGUUGGUACAUGAAGCAACUGAACCCAUUCCCAGGAUGCUUACUUUUGGAGAAACUCAUCGUGCAUCCUGCCUGACUGUCUGGCUGUACAGUUAGCAGUGUAGCUUUGUGCAAACUCACAUAAAUAUAAUAUUUAGAUUAUUCGUUUGACAAAGAGAAAUUUUUACUGCCAGUUUGCAAUUGUAUUGCUCUCAUUUGUAAGCAGCCCCUUGCAUAUGUUGUUUGAGGUAAAAGAAAAUGUCUUGGAAUUAGGAUUUUUUUUUAACUUGACUUUGGAGAGCAAGAAAGGUAGAAAAAUAUUUGCCUAGAGGAAGAUACAAGAGUACUGAAGACGCAGAGAUUUGCAAUUUCUUCUUUUUGUGGCUUUCCUUUUUGUUGCACUGUUGGGCUGUGCUUUCUGUUUCCAAUUUGUUUUGAAAUAAUUGCCAUUGUUUAUCCGUCUCUCAGACAGCCUUUGCAGAUGACUUGGUUCCACAGAGCUCUCUUUUACUUGGCUGUUGGUGUUCUGGCACAGCAUGCUGUGUGACAUCUGACUGAACAGGCUGAUGGCAUGAGAUCUUCCUUGUGAAGGAAAGGUCACCCAAAUGGUGAAGGUGAGAAGAACAGCACAGAAUACCAAUUGGGCUGGCGGGAACAGAAACCAUAGCAACUCUGCACAGGGCUUAUAAAUACAACCAAGAAGAAAAGGGGAAUACCCUCAAGGAGAUGCUGACAACACCACAAUAUGCAUAUUGAUAAAAGUGUGGGUCUUUGUGUCUUCACCAGUGAGCAGAAGCUACGUAAGAGGGUGGAAGUGGCUCAAAGGAAACCAAUUCCAGGCACUGCCAACAGCUUUCAUCACCCAGCCUUGCUGCUUUAAAGCAUGACAAUCUCCAGGGGCCAAUUUGUCACUACUGCUACAAAAGCUGCCUUUUAGAUAAUCAAAUUGGACUUUCCAAAAGCUUGCUGCCUGUCUUGAAAUGUCUUCAGCCUUUGGCAUGUGGUGGGACUGGAGCUGUGCUUAGAGGGCUAGAAGAAUGAGGCAAUGUUAAUAGGGGUGUAUUUCUGUAGGGUCCUGGGGCUUUGUUGUGCUGGGUACAAUUUGGGAGAUACUCCAAAUGCUUAUGGGGAGUUUAGAUGAUAGAAGGAUGGGGAGGGAGGUGGAAGGUCCUGGGAUCAGUGGAGGAGACAAAACUGUCCCUCUGACUCCCAGUUCCCAACCCUAAGGCAGACAGUAGUAUUUCUCAGUUGCUUUUGAUUUGCAGCCCCCUAGCAUUUUUUGAACUGAGGCUGGAGAUCUCUGUAUUGUGAAUUAAAUAGAGCAAUUUUUUUUUCUUUAAUAGAGCAAGUUCGUUUUUCUUAAAUACCUUUUGCAGACCCUUAAUAGGUGCUCCUGUGAGCCACAGUUGAUGGUCUGAAAAGCACUGGCCCAUGACAUCCUAAUCUUGCCUGAAUUUCUUAUAGGAGAGAGUCUGUAAUGGAUGGUGUUGAUUUUAUUUUCUACUUGUUAGUUUGCUCAGAAAGAUGAAGUUCAGUGAAUGUGAGGUGCUUCUGGGGAGUUUAUUUACGGUGUGUUUUCUUCUGUGCAGAUUAGCAUUUCAUCAGCAUAUGGUGCAGCCAUUUAAAAUAAAUAUUUGGCUUUCCUUAAAUUAUGCUUGUGUAGAAAGGUCCCUGGGUAUGCAUAUCUGUCCCUCUGUUGUAUCUAAUUAGGCAUUUCUGCCAUGGUGCUGGGGGACCAGUUUCCUUCCCCCUUGCUGAGGAGCCAAGAGCCUGAGGGAUCUGUGUGCCUCAGCUCAGGGGGAACAAGGCAGGAAGUCCUCCCCUUCCCUGUGGGGCUCCCAGCCACACACUGGUGGCACUGCCAGGUCAGUCUCCCUCCUUAGAUCCUGGGAAUUCAGAUCUAUUUAAACUGGGAAUUGCCCAGCUUAAGCAAAUUCUUGGCACUCCAUCCAGACUCCCCUCCUUCACCUGCCAAGGCAGCUGUGCUUUUGCAAAACACAGCCCCGAGUGGAGCCUGUGGGAGCAAACUGCGUGCAGAAGGCUGGGGAGGAGCUCAGGCAGUGUUGGGGUGGGAUGGGAUGCUGGGCUGCAGCCCUGUGUGCCCACCCAGUGUCUGUGUGCAGGGGAAAUAAGUGGUGAGGAAAGGGAGCAGCAUUCCCUCGGGCAUGCAAUGUAGAUCUGGAUGGGAGAGGAGUAGGAAACUUACUUUAAAACAAAGGAACAAAUUACAAACUAAUUCAUUUUAAGAUGGAGUGGAGUCUGAAACCCAGGAGGGCUUUCACAUCUCUUUGGCACUUCCAGAUGUUUUGUUUUCUCACAAAUGAUUUGAAACUUGUUUCCAAUCUAAGUUAUCACUUGAUUUGUAUCCAUUUGAUCUUGUGCUGAUAGCACUGUCUAACAAAUAUUUCUCACUCCCUGAUAUUUGCUGUACAUCCCUGAAGGCUUUCAUAAACUCACCAUAUAAAGCAACACCUUGUGCUUUGUUGUAC